AAUGUUCCCUCAACGAACCAUGCUACGUGCCUCGCAACGCUUUGCGUCUCAGGUCCGCUCGCCGGCUGUCCGCAAGCCCUUCCAGCGCCGAUUCCAGAGCUCCGAGAGCUCUCCCUUCCACGGUGCCGAGGACAAUGCUUUCAACCGCGAGAGGAAGGCCGUGAAGGAUCACGCCGCUGGCACAAGUGAACUCUGGCGUAAGCUGUCGCUCUACGUGGCCCUCCCUGGCCUGAUCAUUACUGGCUUGAACGCCUAUGUCCUGUGGAACAAGCAUUGGGAGCACUGGUCGCACCUGCCGCCUUUGGAGGAGCGAACUGAGUAUCCUUACCAGAACAUCCGCACCAAGAACUUCUUCUGGGGCGACGGAGACAAGACUUUGUUGUAAGUAUCCAUAAUCCAAUUCGAAGAAAAAAUGAUAUAUUCCGUGGGAACAAUUGGGAGAGUAAGACGAACAGACGCUGACCACUUAUCCCCUCCCGCAGCUGGAAUGACAAAGUCAACUACCACCACAGAGAAUAAGCCACCAACCUAGAAUACCUUUAGGAGCU